AUGGUGGACUACGACGAUCGGCAAGGGGACCCAAUAUUAGGAAGCUUACCUUCCACAAUAGCAUACAAUAAACUUAAUAAUACCCAAAACCUCUGUAAUGGCGAUAGUAGUUUCACUUCCGAGGUGGAGGCGGCAUUAAGAGUACAUGAUAAGGAUGACGAUUAUAUUAGCACCCUUAAGGAGAAGUGGUGCUAUGCAAGUAAGGAUAAUGAGGGUACUUUAUCAAAAGAACAUCGAUGUGGCUUUCUGUACUACUGGUUUGGAGAUUCAAUAUAUAGCAGUACAAGCAAUGAGGGGGAAUUCUGGAAUUUGAUGGAAGCCGUUCGGGACGAAUUAAAUAAAUUACCUGGCAUUAGCAGUAACUGUGAUGUUGUGCUGAGCAGAAUCGACAGGAACAAUUUCAUGUGGGAGAAGAAAGUAUAUGAAUUUUAUAGGGACUACCAAACUAUAGAAACGAACCAAGGGGGUACUGACCUCUGCAGUACUACGAAAUUAGACGAAUAUCUGAAAGCCGCUCAAACAGCUUAUAAUACUGUAAGUGGGCAGUGUAAGGGGGAGAAACCUCCUGCGGAGACUGAUAAGUGUAAUGGGUUUAUGGAAAAAUAUGGACAGAACAAACCUCAGGAACUCUUAGAUAAGAAAUGUCAAGGAUCAGCAAAUCAACGGGAUUUGGGAAGAACUGUAACACAUACAAGAGAACUUAAGGUAGUUAACGCGGUUCCACAAAACGAAGGGGGUCCCACUGUUGCGGGUCCCAUUUUCGGAACACUGUUCACUUUAGCAUUACCAACCAUCGGUUUCUUUUUAUACAAAUAUACUGAUCUAUUUGAUGGAAUAAAAAACUCCCUCUUUGGUGGAAGUAAUAGGAAUAGAAGACGGGGAAGAUCUACUAUUCGACAUCAACACUUUGAUGACACACUCACAGGGAAUGAUUAUUCUACACUAGGAGACGACGGUUCCACCACCCUGGGUGGUGGUGGUGGCUCGUCCACCGAUAUUUCUACCAUCUAUAAUGAUGAUGAUGGAGGACGACGUCGACCAUCACCACCCAGAAGAACACGGGCAACAAAUAAUAGAAGAUCAGGAAAUAUACGUUAUUAUGCUACGUAA